GAUGUAACUUUCUCAGACACGCUGCAGAGCUUUCCCAGUGACGGCUGACAUAUUGUGAACGACUGCUUGCUGGAGAUAAUGCGCGUCAAUGUAAAGGACACACACAUCCUUUAAUGCCUUAUUUUCUCACACAAGAGCACUCAGCAGGCAGUUCCUCCUAGAACCAAAAGAUGAAUUCCACGGUAACCCAAAGCACACUAUCCUUGGCCAUGAGCUCCAUGAUGACCUCAAGCCCCUUAUCCGGUAGCUCAAAGCCGUUGGAUGAUCCUCCAAAGUACCACCCAGCCCUCCUGGCCAUCUACUCCGUGGUUCUGCUCAGCGGCACCAUCAGCCUGAGCCUGAUGAUGCACAUCAUGAAGUCCAGCACGACAUCCAUCACCUCCAUCGCCGUACUCAACCUCAUCUUCGCCCACUUCGUCUUCCUUCUCACCGUGCCCUUCAGGAUUUACUACUACGCUACUUAUCAGUGGAACCUGGGCCUCGGGUUGUGUAAAGUGGUCAGCAGCAUGAUCCACAUCCACAUGUACAUGUCUUUCGUCUUCUACGUGAUCAUCCUCAUCACGCGCCUGAUGUCGUUCUACCACAGAGACGACCCGGUGGCGUCCCUCCAGAAGAUGCAUGCGCUCGUCGGCAGUGCUGUGGUGUGGCUGGUGGUGCUUAUCACAGUCCCGUGCAUAAUCCAUUUUUCCUAUGGCAAGGCUCAGGGAAUGAACAAUAACAAUACCACACGCUGCUUCCAGUUCGGGAACAACAUAAAGUCUUCUGCCAAGGUGUUGAACUACAUCAUAAGCACACUCAUCAUAGUGGUGGCCACAGUGCUGACAGCCCUCCAAGCCAAUGUCUUGAGGGUUUUAUACAGGAAGCACCACGAGGGAUGCACCUCUCAGCAGGACUUCGGGGCUCAGCUGAAGAGUCUGUGCUUUGCUCUCAUCAUGGUGGUCUGCUUCAUCCCUUACCACAUAUUCCGGCUGAACUACUUAGAACAGCUCCACCUGCAGGAUGUCAACGAGGUGUUUCUGAGUCUGACCACUUUCAACUGUUUGGACAUGCUCACCUUUUUGGGAAGGAGAACUUGCUACAUGUGUUACCCUGGAAAGGCUAUCUGACAGCUGUUGGUAGCAUGUGUGUCAGGGGGUUGCUUUUAAUUUAUAACUUCAUUUCACUUUGCUGUUCAUCAUUGCAUUAUGAGUUUCUAGUAAGAGAUUUGCUUCAUUACAGGGUCAGUGUGUAGGAUUUAGGGGGAUGUAUUGGCAGAAAUUACAUAUAUUAUAA